UAGAUCAUACAAAAAUUGGUGAGAGGUUUAAUCCCAUUAUUUGACAAUUGUUUUUAUUUUCUUCUAGUUGGAAUAACCAUGGCCUCAAAGGGAACAACUUUUACACAAGAGAUAACAUAUUGGGGCACGACACAGAAUACAGCAUUUGAUGUUACUUCUACAGUAGAUCCAGCUACAAUAGACCCAGCAACGGCUACAGCAUCAGGGGGUGCAGCAUCUACAAUUAAUGCAUCUUCGGAUGAAACAACCACAACCUUUUCAGCAUUCACAAGCUCGGAAGAAACUUCAUUUACAACAGGCUCAAGUUCAGAUACAACAUUUUUAUCAAGAUCGACGACAGACGGAAUAACUUCUACAAUUUUCACAACAUCUGAGAAAGCAUCCCCAAUAAAAACGGUUUCUACUACCAUUUAUGUUGUUUCUGGGAAAACAAGAACAGAAGAGGCAAUAUCUGAAGAAACAACUCAAGUAACAGGGACAACAACUGAAAAUAAAACUACAAAUGGGACAACUUUAGAGGGUGGGAAUUUUACAACAAUAAUAACAGAUAUAUCAAAAGGUGGGAGGGAAACCUCAGGGGUAACAAUUGAUAAAACGUCUGAGAUGUCAACUUCUACAACAGAGACAACCUCUUUACUAAUAGUGACGACGUCCUCGGACACACUUACUGAUACCACACUAAUUGAGGUGACAUCUGAGGAUGCCACAUAUACAGGUAUGGAUGCCUCAAAUACAGAGAAAGCAAAUUCAACAGUAGACAUGUUACAAACGGAAACUGCAUCUGCCGCCACCAUGACCACUCCGAGUCAGACAUCAUCCACACUGAACACAAUACUAAGUUCCCUCGUACCAGCUUCAACUAUUGAGACUGUAUCAGAGGAAGUGACACUGCCAUUAGAAACGGUAACUGCAGAAACUGCAACACCACAUUUGUACGUAUCAACUGAUACCACUUUAUAUUUGCCUUCAUCGCCUACAACAAAUGCUCAACAAACAACACUAAAAUCAACUUAUGAAACUGUAUCAGAUAUCGUGUCGGAAAUGACUUCUUUGCCACAGGAAACUGUCACUGGAGAUCUGAAAACAUCCAGCUUACAGACAUUUACUGACAAAUCUACAUCAUCGCUGUCGUCAACAUCUAAUAUCGCAAAUACCCAUCUUUCAAGAAGAUUCAGUACAUCUGAAACUCUAUCUGAGGAAGUGACAUUGAUAUCGGAUACGGUAACUGCCACCGAGAUUGCAACAUCUGACUUGCUGACAUUAACUGACGAAUCAGCAUCUUCCACCGACACCAAGUCUACAUCGCUUUUGCCAUCAAAUCCUACAACAAACAUCUUACAUACGACACUAAGUAGAACUCUGCCAGUGUCAACAGUGGAAACUGUAUCCGUUGAUAUUACUUUGACAUUGGAAACUGUCUCCGAAGAACAGACAACAUCCAACCUACAGACAUUGAAAACAGACAGCGAUGGAACAGUCACCAGUCUAGUGUCAUCAGCACUUUCCACCACAGAUAAUCCACAAACAAGGGUGAAUUCUGAGCCAUCUUCCACGAUGGAAAGUGUAUCAGAAAUAGCGACAAUCCCUUUUGAAUCAUUGACCCCUGUGACGUUUCUACAAGAUAUAUUGAGCUCCGAAAGCACUUCAGCACCUUCUCAAAGUCAAACACCCUUUAUUGAAACAACAUACACCGAACUGUCUGGUAUUUCCACGGACUCUACAACAUUAGCAACGUCGACAACGAGAACACCGUUUACAAGUCUGACCACUUUCUCGGAUGUGGUUAGUGAAUCAGAUGUUACCACAAUCGUUGCAACACAAAAAACUGUCACAAGAACACCCAACAUCCCGACAAUCGAAUCCACGACAGCUUCACCUGAAGUCACAUUUCCAAAGACCACAAUUUCUAAGGAAAUGCCAACAAGAACAACCACAUCUUUCAUAGCAGAAUCCUCGACAGCUGCUCUAAUUAGCGACCAAAUUACAUUAACACCAAAAACUUCAUCUAAAGUCAAAGCCAUCAUUGGAGCCGUAUUAGGAGUAUGUGGAUUGAUCUUCAUCGUUCUUAUCGUUCUCUGCGUCAUCUAUCGCCGAAAUCAUUCCUACCAAUGGGACGUAAUGGAACUUCAAAGUUACCCACCCUAUCAUGUCAAUGUAACGGGUUACGAUUACAACCCGGAUGAUCAUGAGUUUGGCCUCAAUCAAUCUCCCUUUCCGCACGAUGUCAACGGAAUUAAGCCUAUCGAAAGGCUAAUAUGAUUUUCGAUUUUUAAAUCUUUAAAAGUAAUUAUUGAUCUUGCCAACGUGAUUCCAUGUCCUCCUUCAAUACAAAUAACAAACUUCGCGGGAUGUGAUUUCCUUCAAAUUUGUUUAUAAUAUGUGAACACAUAAUACAUAUAUUUGUUAAAUAAGAUUAUUUGCAUCUCAUGAAUUUAUGUAUAGUUUCUAAAGUUUGAAGGAAAAUCUUCAUCUUCAACGUU